AUGGGCAUAUUCUCGAUUUUCGGCCGCAAGCGACCAGCAACAAUUCCUACGGAUCGCAUUAUUCCUAUGCGAUACUGGGAUGACUUGGGCUACCUGCGCAGUAUUGCUCAUAACUUCACGCUCCGCUUCGAUGAUGUGCUCGAUGUCUCUAAACUUGACUCUUCGCUUCAUAGGUUAAUGGAGAUUGGUGACUGGGGUCAACUUGGUGCUCGCCUAAGACUGAACCUGACAGAUUCCAAGGAUGAGGGAAGGUUGGAGUAUCAUAUACCAGCAAGAUACGACAAAAGCCGGCCACCAUUUAUAUUUACCAGCGCGAAGUACGACAUGAGCAUUUAUGAGCACCCAUUGGGUACCAAAUUGCCCAAGUGCGGUCAAGAUCAAUCGGUGCUAUCACCCAGUCCCGCGGAGUUCGCACCGUUGAUCCUGGGCCCCGAUACCCCAGUAGAGCUGGGUGAUUGGAUAUAUACCGAUCUUCCACAGAUGGUAUAUCAUGUGGUGGUGUUCAAAGACGCGACACUUCUCACCUUUAGCUCUUUGCACACAUUUGUGGAUGCCAUUGGGAAGUCGAGUAUUUUCAAAGCCUGGAUUGCAGUCAUGGAAGGACGCGAGGAAGAAAUUCCGCCAUUUUUCUCUUUUGAACAUGAUCCCACAGAGGAUCUGGGCGUGGACUAUACCGGAGAGAAUUACAGCAACUUUGGUCGUCUUGUCUCCGGUAUCAGCCUCGUGCUUUUCGGAAUCCGGUACAUGAUUGGGACUUUCUGGUACGGCAAGACAGAAGACCAUGCUCUUCGAAUCCCAAAGAAAUUUGUUGAAAAGAUGAGGGAUCAUGCGCUUCUUGAAAUGGCUACGCCAGGCACCACUGAAAAGCCCUUUGUGAGCGAAGGCGACAUUGUCAUUGCUUGGUGGGUAAGGACAAUGGUGGCAGCAUUGAAACCAUCCGCAAAGCGAGCAGUGACAUUGAUGAACGUGUUCAAUGUGUGGAAGCUCUUUCCCGAGCGCUACCCUGCAGGCGGUGCAGGUGUGGUUGCCAACUCAUUCUUCUAUUCGUACACGCUGCUAGGCGCGGAUAAAAUCAUGCAAGAUAAAAGUCUAGCAUAUGUGGCAGCAACCAAUCGCGCAGCUCUUAUGGAACAUCGAACCAGAGCACAAGUCGAAGCCAUGACUUCGAUUCAAAGGAAAACCCCCUUCCAAGCAGCUCCGAUUGUCGGGGCAUCAGAUCAGCUAUUUCUGGCCUGUAGCAAUCAGCAUAUGGCAAAAUACUAUGAGCUCGAUUUUUCCGUUGCUGUCCUUUCUGUGGGGAUCCCACUGGAUAACAGACCGCAUGCUUUGGGUAGACCAUCAUUUAUCUCCAACAUUGAGAACAUCAGGAAAUAUCCUACUCAAAAUGUGGCGAGAAUCACUGGAAAGGACGCAGCUGGCGAUUGGUGGAUGAUUUUCAAGUCACGGUCUGGAGCAUGGCCCGAGAUUCACAGACAACUGAUGGCAAUUUACGAAACAGACGAGGCGAGUUAG